AGGUUUAAACCGCCGCCGACUAACCAACCGUCCAUUGGCUGGAGAGUGGAGUUCCGUCCGAUGGAGAUCCAGAUGACUGACUUCGAGAACGCGGCUUAUGCUGUGUUUGUCGUACUUUUGUCACGAAUUAUACUUCAAUACAAUCUUAAUCUCGUUAUUCCCAUCUCUAAAGUCGAUGAGAAUAUGAGGGAAGGACAGAAGAGGGAUGCCAUCAAUAGAUCUAAAUUCUGGUUCAGAAAAGACAUCUUCAGCUCAAAUGAAUCACAAAAACUCAAUAAUAACUCAAAUGGUUAUAACGAUAAUCACGAGACACAAGACUCUGAAGAGGAAUCAUAUAUACAGAUGACUAUCAAUGAGAUAAUUAAUGGUUACGGACAGGAAUUUCCGGGAUUAGUGCCACUAAUGAGAGAGUAUAUGAAGAGUAUAUCACUGGACGCCUACACUUCCUGUAAAGUCCAACAGUAUAUCCAAUUGAUUGCCGACAGAGCGUCGGCUAAACUCCAGACAAACGCCCAAUGGAUCCGACAUUUUGUUCGCAAACAUAAUGACUAUAAAUACGAUUCUGUGGUCAACGAUACCAUCACUUAUGACUUACUCUUCACUUUAAAUCGCAUUCAAAAUGAAGACUUAAAUAUCAAUGAAUUAUUUGCAGAUUACAGACAAACUAUUUGUUAA